AUGGAGGAACGAUUAUCCACGACGUCGUCAUAUCCAUCUCAUCCAGGUAGAAGCGUGGAAGAGGAUCACAACUCCUUGCUUGCUUCAUCCUCAAUAUCCUCAUUGAUUCGAGGAACACGGGGACACCUCAACAAUUUUAUAGAAUCCGUUGGAAACUGGCUGGUCCCAUCAUCAUCUGGCCGUGACGACGACGUUGUCUCUCUGGACAGUUGUCAAUCAGCUUAUAGCCCCGUCCGUCAUCAAUAUAACAGUGGUAUUGGAGGAGGAGGUCAUCUGAUGGAACCCUCCUCCAUUCAUGUUCCCGAUAAUUAUUAUUCGGUGACAAUAGGGGAGGCGCAGAUGGUCGUUCUAAAACGGUACCAAAAUCUCAGGUUGAUCGGGUCUGGUGCGCAGGGAAUCGUCUGCUCGGCAUUCGAUACAGUACGAAAUGAACAAGUAGCGAUUAAGAAACUUUCAAGGCCAUUUCAAAAUGUAACACAUGCAAAAAGAGCUUAUCGAGAGCUGAAGUUGAUGAGUCUUGUUAAUCAUAAAAAUAUAAUAGGAAUCCUGAAUUGUUUUACUCCACAAAAAAAACUCGACGAGUUCAACGAUCUCUACAUCGUAAUGGAAUUAAUGGAUGCAAAUUUGUGUCAAGUGAUUCAAAUGGAUUUGGAUCACGAGAGAUUAUCAUAUCUUCUUUAUCAAAUGUUAUGUGGUAUCAGGCAUCUUCAUAGUGCUGGAAUUAUACAUAGGGAUUUGAAACCAUCCAACAUUGUCGUUCGGAGUGAUUGUACCUUGAAGAUUUUGGACUUCGGAUUAGCUCGAACAGCAAUCGAAGCAUUCAUGAUGACCCCAUACGUUGUUACACGGUACUAUCGGGCACCGGAAGUUAUUCUUGGAAUGGGAUAUAAAGAAAAUGUGGACGUUUGGUCAAUUGGAUGUAUAUUCGGAGAAUUGAUUCGUGGACGAGUACUGUUUCCGGGUGGAGAUCAUAUCGAUCAAUGGACGAGGAUAAUAGAACAAUUGGGUACACCAGACCGUUCGUUUUUGGAGAGGUUACAGCCAACAGUCCGAAAUUAUGUAGAGAACCGACCGAGAUAUCAACCAACACCAUUCGAAGUUCUGUUCAGUGAUAACAUGUUCCCGAUGACCGCUGAUAGUUCAAGGCUAACAGGUGCCCAAGCCCGUGACCUACUUUCCCGAAUGUUGGUUAUCGACCCAGAAAGACGGAUUUCUGUGGAUGAUGCUUUAAGACAUCCUUAUGUGAAUGUAUGGUUUGAUGAAAUUGAGGUCUACGCACCUCCACCACUACCCUAUGAUCACAAUAUGGAUGUAGAACAAAACGUGGAUUCGUGGAGAGAGCACAUCUUCAGAGAGCUGACUGAUUACGCACGGACCCAUGACAUCUAUUCAUGA